AUGCACCCUAGGAGCACCUGUGGUUUGCCUGAAGAGCAGAGGGCUGCUCAAACCUGUACGGCCACCCCAGGGGAUCUCCUUCGUGCUUUGGUCACCGUUAUUCUCCGAUUCAGCCUUCUAGCUCUCUGCCAGCUUCCACAGAGCUAUUCACCAGUCGCUCUGCGACCAGAGCUCUUCUCCUUCCUGCACCAGGAAGUUUUGGGUGAGGAUUGUCAGGCGUAUAUUGAUCAUCAUGGCAAUGCACAACCUGCAAAAUCCUGUCCCAAUUUCUGCUGUGGAGACUGCGUGCAUCGAUACUGUUGCUCUACCGAGUUCUUAAGAUUUGAUGAAGAACAACAGCUCCAGUGUAUUCUGCCUGAUGGAAGUUUUGGAACCCUUGUUGCGAUUGGAGUUACUGUUUGUGCAGUGAUUGUAGUUACUAUUAUUCUGUGCCUCACCUGUUCCUGUUGCUGUUUGUAUAAAGCAUGUCGAAGACCACGGCCUGUUGUGGCCACCACUACUUCCACUACAGUGGUUCAUGCUCCCUAUCCCCAACAACAGGGAGUGCCACCCAACUACCCAGCAGCCCCGUACCAAGGAUAUCAGCCGGUGGCUAUCCAGCCACAACCGGGAAUGCCGGUAGCGCCGUACCCUGCACAGUAUCCUCCCCCUUACCCCAUGCAGCCAUCAGGACCCCCAGCUUAUCAUGAAACAGUGGCAGUUGGUGCUGGAGCACCUUAUCCAGUCAGCCAACCACCUUACAACCCUGCUUAUAUGGAUCCUCAGAAGCCCACCUAUUGA